AGAAGUGAAUCAGUAUAGGGAAUGAACCAAUCACAUGUAUCAAACAAGGCGAAAUAUACAGAGGGGAAAAACAUGGCUGCAAAGGACACUGAGCAAGAAACAUCAGGAACCAUCAUUCCGGUGGAACAUUUUGAUAAAGCAGAAGACGUGAAGGCACUUUACGAGGCCACGGUAGCAAGAUUAGGUACGAAUGAAGAUGUUAUUAUUGAUAUUCUUGCGAAGAGAACCAACUCACAACGUCAAGACAUUAUCGAAGCUUUUGUGUCCACUUAUGAUAAGGAACUACUGGACGUUAUGAAAUCUGAACUUAGCGGCGAUUUUCUCAGGGUUGUCGAAGGACUGCUGGACGAGCCAGCGGUGUUCCUUGCAAAGAAUAUCCAUAGUUAUGCAACUGAUACCAGUAUGUACCAAACUUCCGAUCUUGCUCUUCGUCUUCUUGAGAUCAUCUUUCCUCUGAAUUAUUUGGAGACAAGCUAUGUUAAAGAGGCUUACCAACAAGUGUUUGGUUCCACCCUGGAUGCAGAUAUCUCUCUGAAUGUAUUCGGUCCUUGGAAAACGAUCCUACUCAAUGUUGAAAUGGGGCAGCGGCACGAGACGACAUGUAUCGAUAGUUACAAAGUCGACCAAGACAUUCAGUUUCUAGUGGAGACCCCGGUAGACGAAUGGGCGCUACCAAAUGCAAGGAUGGAAGAUAUGCUAAUAAGAAAUAGUGUGGAGCAUCUCCGAAAGGUUUUCAAAGGGGUUAAAAAGUCGAUGAGCGAGAAAGGUAUCGACAUCAUCCAGGCAAUUAAUGAUAGCACUCUGACGACUGAACAAAAGGAUGGCUUCUCUGCAAUUGUAUCAAUGUGUACCGAUUAUGUCCGCUUUAACGCCACCGUACUUCGCAAAGCAAUGGCUGGACUCGGCACAGAUGACGAUACUCUCAUUCGUGUGAUUGUUGCCAGAUGUGAGAUUGAUUUGGAAAACAUCAAGUUGGAGUUUCAGAAGAUGUGUGGAAAAUCUCUUCGUGAUUGGAUCUCAUCCGAUACGUCGGGCAACUAUCGAGAUAUUCUAUUGGCUAUUAUUGGCGAUUAAAAUACCGCCAAAGUUAUAUCAUAUGAUAAUGCUACAGAUACAUCGAUAAAACCGACUCCAGACCGAUCAAAGUUAUGAACAGCAUAGACACGGAGUUGUUAGGAAGGGGCAGGGACAAGCUGUUUUCCUUUGAUCCCAUGCUCGACACCGCCGAUAAGUUAUGCGCUAAUAUGCAUAACCAGCCAGUUAACAAUCAAUUAAUAGAAGGCAUGGCUAAUAAGAGUUUUAAACCCACGCUUCAGAACAUCGUAUUUCGGCAACUUAUGCUGCACAUUUCCCCUACGGCGGCCGUAAGCAGCCGCUAAAACAUUUUUUUGUACCAUAAUUGUGGUUUGAAUAAAAAUAAAUAAAACGGUGUGACCGAUCGGUAUAACAGUUCGCUGCCCCUGAUGAUUUCUUGUCAAUUGUCAAAAGUACACAGCAAAAACUGUGGUGUUGACCGGUGUAGAGGACCACACCAGUUAUUUUACACCGGUGUUAAA